AUGGUCAUGGCAGCCGAAUCAUCCGCCCAGUUGUCUUUCCUAUCGGAUCUCACUCCUCCAUCGCCCGAACGUACCUGGCUGACCGCACCGCACCCCACUCUCCCGAUCGUUGCGACAUGCAGCUCCGACAAAACGGUCCGUGUCUACUCAUUGACUAAUUUCCGGCUUCUUUCGACUAUAUCGGGCGGCCAUAAGCGCAGCGUAAGGACAUGCGCCUGGAAGCCGCACGUCAAGGGGGAAAGCGUACUCGCCACGGGCAGCUUCGAUGCGACCGUUGGCAUCUGGCGACGCUGGGAUAGCUACGGGCAGACGGAGCAUGGAUUGGAGGAUUGGGCCGUUAGCCACCAUGCCGACACCCGGGACCAUGCGGAUGACUUGACAAAUGGCAAUGGGGCAGCAGGAAUCGACAAUGACGGCGGCGCCGACGAGGACGACGAGGAGUGGCGGUUCGCCGUGCUGCUAGACGGGCACGACAGCGAGGUCAAGUCGGUGUCGUGGUCGCCGUCCGGGAUGUUGCUGGCAACGUGCUCGCGGGACAAGUCGAUCUGGAUCUGGGAGGAUUUGGACGACGGUGAUAACAAUUUUGAGACCGUGGCGGUCAUGCAGGAGCACCAGGGGGAUGUUAAGUGCGUCGCCUGGCAUCCAGUCGAGGAGUGCCUGGCGAGUGCCAGCUACGACGAUACCAUUCGGUUGUGGCGGGAGGAUCUCGAUGAUUGGGGCCAGGUGGCCUGUAUCAAGGGCCACCAGGGCACGGUAUGGUGCGUCGACUGGGAGGGCGCAGAGAAUGUGCCGUCCGCACCAACAGACUUGGCGGAUGGUGAUUUGCCCACCACGCAGUGGAAGAAGGCGCAGGCUCUUUCCGGUCCUCGUCUCGUCUCGUGCUCUGACGACCGUACCGUGCGGAUCUGGAGACGGCAACCGAAGGAGCUGCAACAACACCAACCCCAGCCAUCGCCGUUUGGUGGCUCGGGCAUCCCGAGCAUCAUCCGUCCGACGGGAUCCGACGAGUUCUGGGACGAGGAGUGCGUUCUACCGCAGGCGCACGAUCUAUCUAUCUAUACGGUAGCAUGGAGCAAGCGGACGGGUUUGCUGGCAUCUGUCGGGGCGGAUGGUCGGAUUGUGGUGUAUGAGGAGCGCUUGGUCGUCGACUCUACGGCAGAGUCUAUGGAGACGGAUCCUCCUACAUCGGCGGAUGGCACAGCAGCGGACUCCACGGCUGCUCCUAGAAGUGAAUGGAGAGCCAUCGCCACGGUGGACGGUGCCCAUGGGAUCUACGAAAUCAACCACGUUACUUGGGUGAAGCGCGCAGAUCGUGGACGGACAGAGGGUGCAGAAGACGAGGAGGUCUUGAUCACCACUGCUGAUGACGGCACUGUCAAGGUGUGGACUCUCACGAGGUAA